AUGUCGACGAGGCACGCAUGCUUCGUGUUCCUAGGUGACGGGUACCUGGUGCUGACGGUCGCCCGUCGUUCCCGCGAGUUUUACGGUGCGCGGCAUCGACCCGGCGUGCCCCGGCUAUCGGGCUGGAGGCGUAAUUUGAAAAUGGCAGCUGUCACUGGUCGUAUCGGAUCUGAUUACCGGCCGAGCGGACGCACUUGGGCAGCGGCGCGGCGUGCAUUAGCAGCUGCAAUUAGCGACUGGGUGAGGGGCGCACUGGCGCAGUGGCGCAUUGUCGUCGGCGACAGCGGCAGCGGCAGCGGCAGCGACGCCAGGCUCUCUCGCAGCAGAGGGCCGGCGGCGUGCACAGGCUGGCUGGCCGGUGAAACCCGGUCUAAAAAGGUUGAGAUAGGCAGAGAGGGGGCGGCAAGCAGUGGUGCCGCGGGCUGGCAACUUGGAGUGACGCGGCGCGCGAGCCCCACAGCUGAGGACGACGAGGCGCUGCAGCGGCGCUCCGGGGCUGUACCAGGAGCUGGGGGCGCAGCGGCAGCGCAGCACGUGCACGCUGCCCUAGGCGGGAGUCCGGGCCCGGGCUGCGGCGGCCAGCCGCACCACCUGUCGCCAUUAACAUACGAGGCAGGCGGCCCGGCCGCUGCCAGCUUUGCGUGGCUGCUCUGUGCACACAGAGUCCGCAGUGUGGUGUUCCGGGCGCUGAUCACUGCCUGCUUGCCAAACCAUUACCAGGUUAAAUGUUUCAUGCACGCGCCCGCUGUUCAUAUUGUGAUAGGUCACUGCAGCGUGGUGUCCCACGUGCUGCGUUACCAGAGAGGCAGCUGCAGUGCCGGAGUCACGGGUAAGCCGUCAGCCGUCGGCGAGGCCAGGGGCGGCGCUCUGCGACCAGCUCGUGCCUGCGCUGGCCAUCUGGCGGCGGCGGCGGCGGCGGCGGCGGCGGCGGCGGCGGCGGCGGCGGCCGGUCGAUACGGCGUCGGCGCCGCUCAGGAAUGA